UUCGUUGUAUUUUCCUAUUUGUUGUUGUGUUCUCCUAUUUGUUGUUUUGUUUUCAUAUAUGCUGUAGUGUUUUCCUAUUUGCCUUGUGAUUUGCACUUCAGGGCCACCGUAGAAGAGAGUCCUCGUGCACAAUAACAUGGACAUUGCCACAGUGAAUGCUCUUCCUUAUGAGGAUUUUGUGAAUCUUUUGGGCAACGUGGUUGAGAAAUGUCCCAUUAUAACAGCUGCAGUGUGGUCAGGACGUCCCUUUUCCAACUUAACUGCCCUGGAGGCUGCGUUCAGUGAAUUCAUCGACACCCUCCCAGAAUCAGGCAAGGAGGGGGUGCUCAGGUGCCACCCGGACCUCGCGGGCAGGGACCUCCAGGGCGGCACCUUGACUCACGAGUCUCAAGAGGAGCAGACGGGAGCCGGGAUGGACGCGUUGACCUCGGCGGAGGCCUCGCGCGUGACCCGCCUCAACGAGGAGUACAAGGAGCGUUUCGGGUUCCCGUUCGUCAUCUGCGCGCGGCUCAACGACAAGGCGACCGUUUUACGGCACCUGUCCGAGCGCCGCCACAGCGAGCGCGCGCAGGAGAGGGCACGCGGGAUCGAGGAGGUGAAGAAGAUAUGUCGCCUCCGUCUUCGGGCUCUCGUGCGCGAUGACGCUCAAAGCAAGUUAUGAACCCUAAAAUGCUGGAGGAUAUCUUGGAUGCGUCCAGUUUGUAAAGACCGCCAUUGUUCCCAUGUUGUAGUGAUCAUUGCUUUAUUCCAAACACGUGUCAUUCAUGCGUCGCACUGUACAGUGAGUUCUCCAAACAAUAAAAUAUGUUUACAAUUAAACCGUAACA